AUGAUCCUCAAGAAACACGCAGAACAUGGAUGUGGAGCAGAGUAUUUGGAUCGUGGUGAACAGGAGUGGCACCUUGUUGCAGCUUUUGAUAAAUGGGCUGAAAAAGGUAUGUGGUUAGCAGCAGCUCAGAAGGUACAUCAAGAACAACUUAAACAUGUCCAAAAAGAGUGUUUUGAGCGCUUAGAUCAAGACAUCCGGUCUGAUGGCAGCCAUGUUGAGGGUACCCACAAAGGCUGGAACUCAUUACAGUAUGCCCAACCAAGUAGGAUCGGAAUGCUGUCUGCGCUUAGUCAUGACUUUGUUCUCCAUCGAAACAUUAGGGUCACUUCCAGUAGGCAUCAAAUGAUGCUCUUUGUCAAACUCACUCACAGCUCCCAUCACAUCCAGCUCUCUAACCACAUAGCAAGACUCUACAAUAGACUGUACAAGAAGGACACACAGCUGCUUCCUCCACCAGAACUCCCAGGUGUGGACUCCGGCGAGACCUUUGGACUUGUAGUAUCAGAUAAUACAACUAUGUUUGGUGGUUUGCUCAUCAAGGAAGAGACUGCAGAUGCCAAACUCACACAUAACUUGGAGAGCUCCACAGUCCUGUCACAGAGGUAUGUCAUACCAUCCUUGAUCAAUGGUACCCACAAAAACUUUCUCCCAAAUUCUCACAGGGUCAUCCAGCAGUCACCAGCACUGACAUCAACAACUCAAUCACCCCUGACCAACAUUGUAUAUGCAAACUUCCUCCUAAAUUCUUGGAGAAUCACUCAUGCUGGCAUCAACAACUCAAUUACUUGGUCUCAGCACUUAUUCUCCAUUGCCACAGGUAUUGAUCCUCGCUCACUGACCUUUCAAAGUUCAGACGAGUUCUACCUGUUUAUGGACAUGUGGGCCAAGUUCAUAUGGCUGUCAUAUCAAAUUUUCUCUUGCAUCACUCUGUAUUUUCUGAUAUCUGGAUAUGAACACAUAGCAAAGAGGAACAAUGAGACAUUUUGGCACCACCAUUGUUCUGUUGUACCUCUUGUCAAGGAGGAGCUAGGGAAAAGGUCAGUUCACUCAAGUUCACACCAAGUUACAUGCUGA